AAAAAAAAAAACCAAACCACCCCGUACGCCCUAUCCCUAACCCGCUCUCGCCGCCUUCUCUAUGAUGCAUCUGCCGACCCAAUCGACUCCCACUGCUGGGCUCGUCCGCCUCGCCGUGGCCGAUGAAUGCAUCGUUUGUGGCCGUGUCCCUCUCCAGACGGCGACGAUGAUGGAUGGAGCCGCUGGCUCUAGGAAGGCUCCCGAGCGAUGGAUGCACUAGGUCUUCGCUCCUUAGGGUCAGCCCCUCCCGUCGAGCCGGAUCGCGUGGCGUUCUGGGAAUCCCUAACCAGCCCCUGCUCCCUGACUCCUUCUUCCUUCACGAGCGGCACGGUGUGUUCCUUCUUCCCCACACGUUGCUCCUACCCCUCCCUAAACUGCCAUGGAUCUCGCUCUGCUGGAUCCCCUCCUCUCCUUCCCCGAUCUGCCGUGGAUCUUGUGGUGCUAGAGUUGCUCCUCUUUCUUCCCCGACCGCCAUAGAUCUCGCCAGCCGCCACCGAAGGAAGCCCCACACCCCCAAGCUCGACGGGCUUGCGAGCCGACUGGUCGAGAUCCUCGCCAUCACCCUGGAUUUGCCUGCAUGGUGGGAGGACGGAGGCGACUCGGGCCAGAUUGUUCCGGCCAACCGGCCAAGGGUGACGUACUCGGCUCCAUGGAUGCACCAGUCUUGACGCUGUUGCGUUGGCCUUGCCAUAGGACGCCACUUCUCAUGGGAGCGUGACACCCUUGAUGUCGUUGUACAUACAUUGCUUCCCUGCCGAACAGUGACCUGACAUGCACAUCGCUAUCUUUGCUGCUUGCCGUCCCAUGUAGAUAAGGCUAAGGCGCCAUAGAUCCAUGCUUGUAGCCACAAACUGUAGAACAAGUAAUCAGUGCUCCCCAAUAUCUUGCGGCUAGCCUUCUUUGUCCAUCUCUCUUGAACAACAAGCAUACAUGAUGCCACAAGUUCUAAAUCAAAGAAAAUGAAGAUCCGGUCGUGGAGAUCAAAGAAGAUAGCUCUUAUGAAAAAGAAAAGGUUGAGAGUCCAAUAUCCCUAUCAGUAGGAUUGUGGAGGAGGUCAAUGUAAUUAAAUCUUGUCCCUUUCUAUUUCUUUCAUUUUCUUACAGUUACAACUAUUGUAUUAGUGGAUGCAAAUAAACAGGGCUUUGGUGGAAGCUGGUACAAGCAAUCAAGAGAGAAAUGAAAGGAAUGCUGGAGCACCUGUUAAAUUGGAUGCAAAAGCUCGGGAUCACAUAGAGAAGCAUAGGAACCUGAAAAACUAUAUGAUGGAUUAAAUGGUUGACUUAGCACGCCAGCUUGAAGAAAACAACCUUGUAGUGAACCAAUCCGUGCAAGAUGCCUACGGAAAAGUACUAUUUUCGCACUUGACACCGAGGGCAAAAGUACAACAGAAGCAGUCCAAUCCUUGCUUAGGACCUCCAGCUCAUGAAAAGCAUGUAAUUAGUCAUGUACUCUUAUACUGAAGCUAAAUCAACUAGAGAGGUAAAGCUUGGUGAGCUAGAAUGCAUUCAAAAGCUCUCCCAAGCAGGAAUUAAGUUCUGUGUGCUGACUGUAACAAAAUGGAUAGCUAUCAGUAUUGGGUAAGUAUUCUAUUUUCACAUGGAAGGGAUCUUUUUCAUAAAAUUGGUUUCUAGAAGUUCAGGCUAGCUGUUUAUUUUGCUCAUUAAUGUUCUUAUUCAGCUUAGACGAUAAAUUAUUAUGCAGAUAAUCAUUAUCCCGGAGCACUUGCAUCACUGCCUUGAGAAAAACAGAAAAAUGAAAAAGAGAGUUACUGAGCCCCCGUCGGCCCCCGCGUCGCUCCCAGGGGCGACCCGGGCGGCGAAACCCUAGCCGCCACCCAAGCCCCCUCCUUCCCCUCCCUCCCCUCGCCGCCGCCGGAGGAUGCUGGUGGGCGAAGCCCUCGUCGGUGGACGGCGGCGGCGGGGCCCUUGUUCGCGUGCUCGCGCACUGGAGCGGUGGGAACGUGCUCGUGCGCUAGAGCGGUGGGAGCGUGUGGUGGCGCGCCGGAAAGCUGUCCGCGUGCAGGAGAGGUCGAGAUGGCGCGGUGCGUGUGCGCGGAGGCGCUGCUACGGCGGCUGCCGGCCGCUGCAGCGAGCGGCAGAGCUGGGGGCGCCCAGAUCUGGGCCGCGCAGGCCCGCCUUGGCCCGAGUCAACCACUCUGCCCCCACCCACCCUUCUCCCUCCUCCCACCCCUCCCAGCCACCGCCGGUGGUUGCCGCUGGGUUGUGCACGCGCACGGUGACUCUGACGGUUGCUGCGAUGCUGUGCCACGGCGAAUCCCGGCGGCGGAGGCUGCGGGCCGGCGCGGUGCAGGUGAUCGUUGUCGCCUGCUGGACGCACUCCCGGUGGUGGCCGGCCUGCUGGCGCUGCGCUGGCCGGUGCCCAAACCUGCGACUACCGACGUUCCUAGGCUUCCCGCUCCAUGUGCUUCCGUCUUCUCCAACGUUCUUCGUCAUGUCCGGUCUGCAUCUGCAUCUGAGGUCCUUGCUCAUGGGUCGCGGCGAAAUCCCCGCGCAGCGUCGGCCUGCGCUGUCAACGGCGACGCCCGAGGGUGUCGUCACCUCCUUGGAGGCGUUGGCAUGACCCUUGACCGGACCUCCUCCUCGAGCACCGGGAGAAAUCCUAGGUCCGGCCUCCUGGACCAGGCAGCGGCGGCGUCUCAACGCCGUUACCCUCUUGAGGGCGCUGCUUUGGCUGCAAGCGGAGUACUUGAUGCGGCAGAUGGUGGCUGGUGAUGCACCGUUGUCGUAGACGGCUGAACAGGGAGCAGGUUGUUUGCCAGCGCCGGCCCUCCCCCAACGAUUGCUACACCAGUUCCAAUCAGGCCCUGCCUUUCACCCGCCGAUCCUAGGCACAUGGGUGUGAGGUACGUUGGCCUGGGCAGUCCUGGAGCUGCAGUUGUUCCUAGAGGUGUCUUGCAAUGGCGGCAGGGCGAGGCCUAAUAUCGUUGUGUGUCUGUAGCUGAGGGCACCUCCUUACCUAGUUGUAGUCGCUUGGUGAGGACGGUCGUGUGUGUGUGUGUGUGUGUGUGUGUCUGUGUGUGUGUCCCUCCUUUCUGGAGGUUGUACCCCCGAUGUCUUCUUCCUGUUCAAUGCAAUGAAACGCAAAUUCUUUUGCGUUUUCUCGAAAAAAAACAGAAAAAUAACACCUAAAGUUGUGGCUGGAAUUUUGGACCGGCCACAACUAUGGAGAACCAGCAAGCGACGGUGGUGGCGCUUCGACCUUUCUUCCUUCCUCCUCAUCUUCCUUGCAUCUACAUACAUGUGUUUGUUUGCUCUACCCCUUGCAUCCCCUUGCUUUUAUGUAAGUAUAGCUACUGGAGGCAUGGGCGGCUGAUGGACCAGGACAUGUUUUCUCUCAAAUUGGUUUACAAUAAGUAUAGUUACCACUCGAAUCUACCUAUAUGUAUUUGUUCCAUUCUUUCUAAUUGAUAAAACACAUACGUAUUUAUUUUUCAGUACAUGGCUAUGUAUAUGAGCUUAAAAUAUGUUGGUUCCUGUCUAGAGUAGUAUUACAAAUGGACUUCUCGGUCCAUAUAAUUUGUUCUGAAGAUGUUAAUUUCAUUAUCGUCUUGCUUUGUUCUAUUGCAAAUCGUGGCCAAACUAUUGGAAACUAUGUGGAGCGUCAUGGUAUAUAUGUGACCUUCUUGCCCAUGUACACACAAGAGGCUGAGAGAAUAUGGGCAUGGAUCAAGCAAUCACGGGAUAUGGAGCAGGAGCGAGGGGAAGAGUAAAGAAUGUUGGGAGUACCAAUAUGGGCGUGUAUCUUAUUCCUGACAUGUCAAUGGUUUCAGGGUUUUAAUUUAGCUGAUAUGGACGGACUACUUGAGAUUUCUUUGAGCAAAAUAUGGGAAAUCCAUUUUUUACAAGGUUAUGAGGUCUGAUUGUGCUUGCAAAUUGGAAUUGCCGUAGGUAGGACUUGCUGCCUGUUGGCCUGCUACACCACCUAUUGGUGGCAUGCUCGGUAUUUGAAAGGAAAUCACAUAGUGAAGUUUACCAGCAAGGUUCUUGUGCGUUGUGAUGGAGUAAAUGUUGUUGUGAUCUUCAAAACAAGAUGGAAGAUUAGUUUAAUCUCCAUUCUGUCUUCUUAUACAACUGAAAGAUUUAGAGUUGUUUUCGGCCAGAGGAAGACGUUUUCCUUUUUCCUUGCCUUCUCCGGCCGCUAUAAAGAUGUGCAUACAAUUAUUCUAUCUUAGUCAUUUCGACCAUGUUUCUAUGGUUUUCUAUUAUGUUGUCUUGUAAAUAUAUAUCCCUCUCAAGCAAUGGGCGUAAAUAUAUUAAUUUUAACAAGGCCGGAGACUGAUGCGGAUGCAUGCAUGGGUGAUGAUGGAUGACACCUAGAAGGGCAAGCAGAGUGUAGGGAAGGAGCGUAUAGAGCUUCGACAAUGCUACACAAUCGUCCUCCGCCUCACCGUGCGCAGCAAUUUCACGAGAUGGUACCAACGACAAUGGAGUCACGGUAUUGAGGAAAGUUUGUCUGACGCCAGGAAUGCAAUUUCAUGCUACAAAAGAGGGAUGUCCCGACUUGUUCCCUAUUAAGACUGUCAAGACAAAGAAACCAUCAAGAUUCAUGGUGUGGAUGUAGAAGGUUGGGGGAUUUUCAUACAGAUGCGCCAUUGGUUGUGGUUGCGAGCUUCGCGGCAAUCUUGGAUUGGGAAGGUAGAGACCGUGAGUGAAUAGGGAGGUGGAGAAGGUGGCCAAAGAAGAAGUCUGCUUUAAGGGUAGAUAAAAAAAAUCAACAAUGCUGCUUAAUGUGCAUUAGGAUACUAAAGAUGUAUGUUUGGGAUAAUUAAUGUUGAAACACUAGCAUAUUUAUACCCCUGUUUGUAACACAAGGGUUGAUUAGUUCAAAUUUAUUUGUUUUAA